CAUAACUAAUUACUAUUAUAGCGGUCGUCGUCUUUUUAAUGACGCUAGUCGAUCGUAACUUCGUCGAUGGUUAGAAGUCGAUUUAGUUGAUAAAAUAUAAUUUUAAAAAUAUUACUUGUUACAAAAAAUGUUAUAAUUACAUAAUGCCUGAAUUUAUGUAUUAUUAUAAUUAGUAUCAAUGAUUUUCUGAGUGUCAAAUGUCAACCUUCUGUAAAAUGUCUUUAUUGAAAUGAUUAGUGAUUACUCAUUUGCUGGUUUCAAUGCCAUGUGUACCGCAUUUAAGGUCAAACGGGCUAGGAAGGUUUACUUCCUAAUUAUGUAAAUAUUAGCAACUUGCUAUAAUGAUUCAUUUUAUUGCGUUUAGUGAAAGAUGAAUGAUCACUUUUUUUUAAAUUAUGACAAAGUAACUUUAAUUUUUUUCCUAUUUUAAUCAUUUUUAACAAUAAUAUGGAUGUUGAUGAUAACAAUGGUGCAACGUAUAAGGAACAAGAUGGACAUAGAGAUCGACCUGAUGUACGAUACAACAGAGUGAUGGGCAAGAUGAGCGGUUCGGUGGUGAUCAACGUGAAGCGGCCGAUAUACCAGUUAGAUGACCUGAACGAGGCGUACGCCAACGGGGACGCGGACGUGGUGGUGACGACGAAGCGAAAGAAAGUAGCCAAGCUCAAGUGGUCAGACGCCAAGUCCGUGGUCCCGGCCAUCGACUGGCUGUUCACCAACUACAAGUGGUCCGAGGACUUCUUCAAGGACUUUGUGGCCGGCUUCACGGUGGCCGUGCUGAACAUACCGCAGGGCAUGGCGUACGCGAUGUUGGGCAACGUGGAACCGACCGUGGGACUGUACAUGGCCAUACUGCCGGUGAUUGUGUACAGCCUACUGGGCACGUCUAAGCACGUGUCGAUGGGCUCGUUUUCGGUAGUGUGCCUGAUGUCCGGCAAGGUGGUCAAUACGUACGCCAACGGUAACUUCAAUCUGCAUCACGAUGGGCACGCCGAGCCGACCACUACUACCACCGCGAUCUACUCGCCGAUCGAGGUGGCCACGGCUGUCACGCUCAUGGUCGGUCUUAUACAGAUACUCAUGUACGUGUUCCGGCUGGGUGUGGUGUGCACUAUAUUGUCCGAGACGCUGGUCAGCGGCUUCACGGCUGGCGCCGGCGUGCAUGUGGUCACGUCGCAGAUGAAGGAGCUGUUGGGCAUCCAGAUCGGCCGGCAUAGCGGCAUGUUCCAGGUGGUGCUCACAUUCUCCGAGAUCGUCAACCAUAUCUGCAACGUGAACCUGGCCACCGUGCUGGUGUCAUGCACCACCAUCUCGCUACUGCUUUCCUACAACCUGUACCUGAAGGCGAUAAUCAACAAACGGUCAAUCAUACCCAUACCCAUUGAGUUGAUCACCAUCGUCAUCGGCACCACUAUGUUCCAGUUUACCACUUUCUCCAAAGACUAUAACAUCAAACUGAUAGGUGAGAUCGACAGGGGCCUGCCGGAUUUCAAGCCGCCGCCGGUGAACCUGCUGAUGAACGUGAUCAGCGAGAGCGUAAUAAUCGCGAUCGUCGCGUACUCGGUGACCAUGUCGAUGGCGCUUCUGUUCUCGGAGAAGCUCAAGUACUCGAUCGACACGAACCAAGAGCUGUUGGCCCAAGGCAUCGGUAACGUGUUCGGCUCUUUCUUCUCGUGUCUGCCGUUCUCAGCCUCGCUGUCGCGCAGUGCCACGCAGUACUCGGUAGGCGGCAAGACGCAGAUGGCCAGCAUCGUGUCGGCCGGCCUGCUGGUGGCCGUCGUACUGUGGAUCGGCCACUUGUUCCAGCCGCUGCCUCGGUGCGUGUUGGCCAGCAUCACCAUCGUCGCGCUCAAGGACAUACUGCUGCAGGUACGUGACGUGGUGCACGUGUGGCGGACGUCCAAGACGGACGCGAUCAUUUGGAUCACGACGUACGCGACCGUGGUGCUGGUCGAGAUCGAUGUGGGCCUCCUGGCCGGCGUCGUGGUGUCGCUGUUCUUCGUGUUCAGCCGCGGCAUCGGCACCGGUGUAUCCGUGCUCGGCCGCAUACCGGACACGGACCUGUACGUGGACGCGAAACGGUAUCAGCGCGCGAUCGAGGUGCCAGGCGUGCGGAUCGUCCACUACUCCGGCAGCCUAAACGUGACCAACCGGCACGUGUUCAAGGAGAAGGUGUACAAAGUGCUGGCCCGGUACGACGGCGAGCUGGCACCCAUUACCAUAUCGAUAAACAACGGCAAGGAGACGGUGGUAAAGACGCGGUGCGUGAUAUUCGACCUGUCCGGCAUGCACUACGUGGACACGUCCGGACUGUCCGUGUUCGCGCAGGUGGUCGACAAGCUGAACGCGGCCGGGCUCACCGUGCACGUGGCUGCGCUGUCCGGCACCAUUUACGAGUGCCUGCAGUCACCCGGUUUCGGCUCACUGCACUUCUUCCCAUCCGUGCACGACGCGGUCGAGUAUUGCAAGGCCCAGGACAACAGCUGCUGUAGCUGAUGAACGACCGGUGCGCCGCACGUGCCCGGAUCCACACACGCUCCCGCCCGCCAACACCCCGCCCGCCGCCUGUCAACACACAACAUUCGUUGCGCUCCGCAUCACAGCGCAGGAUCACUGCGGCACUUCUUAACACCAUUCGUAACCCUCGUAGCCAACGCUUCUCCCGCCAUCGAUUUUCAUCGCACCCCGCCGACCUGUCCGUUCGACCACCGUUUUUUCACCAAGAGUCCUGUCGGUGCUGCCUACCCGCUGCCGUACCGCGGACUCCAAACGCGCGCGCGGUAGAACGUCCCCCGAACGACUACCUUCACCUCGAACUUUCUACCAACUUUCUCGAAAGCAACCGCUCGUCGGUCGCUGUCGCCACUGCUGUACACGCGGACGGUGCUCAACGACUCUCCUCACUCAUCCCUCUGUCUAAUACUCGUUCAAAAACAAUUUGUACCGGCGCGACGUCACGUGUCGACCGAACGCGCAAAUCAAGAGUUCCUAUGUACAAAACGAAGAUAGUACGUGUGUAAACGUACGUUCGACCCGUGACUGUUCGGGCCGUUUGUAUGACGUUCACUUGUGGAUUUCCGUGCGCUGUGUAAUAAUGAGACACAUGUGCGUUGAAUGUACAGUCAUAUCAAACCAAAGUGUUGUAUUCUCGUGCAAUAUUAACAACAACAACAUCAGCAGUAGCGACGAUGACAAUGGCAGUGUAUCAUUAUUUUAACGUAUUUUGCCGUCGUUCCACACUGCGAAAACGUUAUUACGCUUCGUCGAUUCGGUCGGUAUAAUAUUUUGUACACAGUAAUUUUAUAUGAAUAUUUAGAACGAUGAUCUCCAGAGAAAAUCCGACGUGUCGCCACGUGUCACUCGAUUUUCGACAUUGUUAUUGUUGUAUUAUAAUUAUUAUUAUUAAUAUUAUUACUACCAUUCGUCGGCCAGACAAACAAAUA